AUGUUGCGCUCGCAAGCCACGAGGCGCGUCGUCUCGCUUGCCAUACAACGUCAAUGGACAUGCUCGAAAUGUCUGCCGCGCCGGUCCUUUUCGCAGAAGCCGGAGAAGCGUGAAUCUCCUGACCACCGGAAGCUUGGCCACCAGCAGGAGCUCUUCAUCACGUCCGCAUUCAGUCCUGGGUCGCCAAUAUUUCUUCCUAAUGGGGCGCGCAUAUUUAAUCGACUAGUAGACUUUCUGCGAAAGCAGUACGUGCGGUAUGGUUUCGAGGAAGUUAUCACUCCCACUAUAUACAAAAAGUCGCUAUGGGCCAAGUCCGGACACCUCGAAAACUAUGCGGACGACAUGUAUACAGUCAUUGGUAACAAACGACCGGCAGCAGUCGAGCAAUCAGAGGGAUGCUGCGGCACGAAACCAAACGAGCAAACGAAAGUUGAAGAUGAGGACGACAGCGAAUACGGCCUCAAGCCCAUGAACUGUCCUGGCCACUGCCUCAUCUUUGCGUCGAAACUACACAGCUAUCGAGAUCUGCCAGUACGGUAUGCCGACUUUAGCCCCCUCCAUCGCAACGAAAUAUCAGGCGCGCUUUCCGGGCUCACCAGAGUCCGCCGCUUUCACCAGGAUGACGGCCACAUCUUUUGUCGCCCGAGCCAAGUAGAGGAAGAAAUUAAGAAGACGCUCGACUUUGUCAAGGUGGUCUACACUACGCUGAAAUUUGGCGUAAGCUAUCGACUGGCAUUGUCUACGCGGCCGAAGGAUCACUUUAUAGGCACAGAAGAUGAAUGGAACAGAGCAGAGGAUCGUCUUCGCCGCGCGCUUGAUGCAUCAGGCAUGCCGUGGAGCAUCAACGAAGGUGACGGUGCUUUUUAUGGGCCAAAGAUUGAUAUUGUGCUCAAGGACUCAGACGGCAAGGAACACCAGACUGCGACGGUUCAGCUCGACUUUCAGCUGCCGAAGCGAUUCGAGCUGGAAUACCAGGCACCAGCCCCCGAAUACGAGGCUCGUGGCGAAACCACAGAAGAUGCUGCUCUGCUGGCAGAGUAUGGACCUGUCCGGCCAGUGAUGAUCCACCGCGCCGUGCUUGGGUCUGUCGAGCGUCUCAUGGCUCUACUGAUUGAAAAUUACAACGGCAAGUGGCCGUUCUGGCUGAGCCCCAAACAAGCCAUUAUUCUCACCGUCAAUACAACUGCUCCCGUCGUGGACUGGGCAGAAAAGGUCCGCGACGUCCUGCUAGGUAAUCUUCCCAAAUCAUACACCGGUGAGGAGACUCCAGCGUCAGAUGCUGGCAUCGCCUUGUCGGGCCAAACAGGUCUUGCAGUGGACUUGGACACCACCGCCAGGUCACUGGGCGCAAAACUCAGAGAGGCGCGAAAUAAUGGCUACAGCCAGAUUCUUGUGGUAGGCGACGCAGAUGUACAAAAUAAACAAGUCAGCCUGGGCAAGGAGCGCAUUCCUCCUGGAGAGAUGAGAGAUAGAAUGAUGCAAAUGGUGGACCGAUUUGAAUAA